CUUUGCCUCCGCCUUCAAUCCUCCGACUACUUCCUCUCCGCACACUUUAGCACCCCAUGGAUUCUCAGGGUGACCUGAAUAUCACUAACCAUGAUAGUGUGUAUCCUGAUACUCAAGCACCCCACAGUCUUCUGUCGGCUCUGCUGCAGGGGGACAAUACCUAUCAGAAUUAUGAUUAUGUGACAUCUGAUGACCACAUAACAUCCCUCCCUGGAUAUGUGCAACAUGCACCACUCGAUAUCGGCCCUCUCAAUGAAGAGGCUGCGCUCCCCGAGACGCAGUUGAACGACUUUCUGGAUGAUGGGUCGUCCUACAGCUUUUACGACACCCACAAUAUUGACAUCUGGAAUGCAGCGGAGUUGCAGAAGCCGCAAUUUAUCAGUGAUUAUGAUGGACAGCUACAACAGUCACCUAGCAUAACAUCGACGCAGAACCUGAGUUUCUUUGAACCCGACAUGGCUUCACGAGAUUUUGAUAGCUCAAAUGCAAGUCUAUCUGGCAGCAGAAGUAACAGUCGCAGCCGAUUAACUGGAAGUUCUUUAUCAACGCCCAUAUCUAUCUUAUCAGAGAGCGGUAUGGAUCCGAUGCAGAGAUGGCGCGAGAGUCCUCCAGAAACCGAAGCAGCAUCUUUGUCGGCUAUAGCGGAUGCCUUGCGUACAAUGUCUACUCGUAGGCAUGUACGUUCGAGCUCAGGUGGAAGAGCGGAAUCUAUCGCAAGCCUUCAGAGCGGCACUAGUCUCUCUUCAAGCUCAGUUGCAUCGACCAGAUCAUCGAAAUCAGUCAGCCGCCGAAGUCCAGUACCCAAGUUCAGAGGCCGAGUAAGAAAGACACGCAAUGAUAUUGCCGUACAGACAAGCGACGUUCGGAUGUUCCAUUGUACGUUCUGUUGCGAUACAUUUCGAAGGAAGCAUGAUUGGACUCGCCACGAAAAAUCACUCCACUUAAACGUCGACCAAUGGGCUUGUGCCCCGUAUGGCGGUUCAAUAUUGUCCUCGACAGGCAGAAACCACUGUGCUUAUUGCAAUUUGCUCGAUCCGACUGACGAUCAUCUAGAGAGCCAUAACCAUAGCGCUUGCCGUAGCGCUCAAGAACCUCGUUUCUUUAGACGAAAGGACCACCUUGUACAGCACCUUCGAGGAUUUCAUAAUCUUAAGACUUUACCAACCAUUGAAGACUGGAAGGUGGAGCCCCCCUUAGUCACUUCUCGGUGUGGUUUCUGUGAUGAAAAGCUACCUUCAUGGCAGGCUCGUGCCGAUCAUUUGGCGGGUCAUUUCCGGCAGGGCUUGACCAUGAGCGACUGGAAAGGCGAUCAUUGCUUUGAGCCAUCCAUUGCGGCUCAAAUCAAGAAUGCCUUCCCCCCUUACCUCCUGGCGUCUGAAGCUAAGAGCAUGGUACCGUUCUCCGCGACCGACCCAGCGACACUCGAUCAUUUGUCCCAGAUCUAUCAACGGAAUGGAGAGAUAUAUUCAGAUCAACAACUGGAUGCUGUCGCCUCGGAGGGUGACCCGUUAUUCGACCUCACACCUACAUCUUAUAUGAGAUGGGUGACUUUCCGCCUAGGCCGUUUCGCACAACAGAGUAUCGCAAACGGUAUCUUUCCUACCGAUAAGAUGUUUCAAGAUGAAUCCCGGCGGCUGGUAUAUGGAGAUAAAGAUGCAUGGGAGCAAACCGUAGCAGAUAAUAACGAGUGGUUGGCAGCCUUUCGGAGGCAGUGCCUUCCACCGAUUUGAAUGGUAAAUGAUUGAUGCUCUCCAGUGCAGCGCCACAAGGACUUUUAUACUUAGCUUCCCGAAUAUUCUAGAUUAUCACCGUUUAUCCGAACCCAUUUCUUUAUACGUGAUAUGAGCGCGGUGACUCAGUGGGGCUCAGAGUACGUUGCACGGCUGCACCCUCUUAAAGGCACAUCGCUCUUCCAAUGUACUCGUAAAAUGAGCAAGAGGAAACCGAGAGGCCAGGUGGGGCAACUCGAGCUUAUUCUGAUACAGGCUUGUUGGCUAUUUGCUG